ACGUACAGAAGCUGUAAGAAAAAAAAGCUUCCAAGAAGGCUUUUUGAAUUUCUGCAUCAGCUUCAGAAUGUGUUGAGUGCAGCACAGGGUGGCUCUGGGAAGCACAGGCAUAACAAGAAUAGCUUGUUGGCAUAGACUGCUGUCGUGGGACUGCAGUACUGCACAUACAUUGUUGUUGGUAAUAGCAUCCUUCCUGCAGCACUGUCUGACUUUAACCUGCAGGUACUUUGUUUUUUUGGCAGUUCUUCUCACCUCUUUAUCGCAAACAAACAAACAAAAAAACAUCAAGAAAAUUUGUUUUCUGUUUUCUGUAGUGUGUGCUUCUGCAACUGGAAAUUGGGACCUUUUCUUGUUUUGUCAUUUCAGUACUCUGAAUUUAUGAAUUAAAUUAAAUAGGAAAAUCAUGAAGACAGAGGAAAAGUUGCUAUUUUUUCUGUCCCCUGAUGUCUGAGCAGUUCUGGGAUUUUGGAGGACCAUAACUGAUGGUCACACUUACUCGGAAAAGAUAGUGCCGUGCAUCCAGCUUGGUUUGUCUCUUGACCUCCUUAUCUGGGAAAGCAGUGCUCCAUCCGCAGGGCAUGCUGCUGCUGUUCUGUGCAUGGGCUUCUUGCUUCAUUUGCAGCCUAUGCAGAGGCAAGCAUGCUUGUCCACACAGGAAGCCAGGCAGGAAAUCACUUGCCACAUUUCUCAAAACUGUGAGAGAAACUGUGGUGCAGUCUUUCAAAUGGUGCCUGAAGUGCUCGGUUAGUGCUGUUGCUUUUCUGCUACGUCUCUUUUCUCUUGAAAGUGUCCUGUGUCCCUCAACCAAACUCUCCUGUGGUUUCUGGUACUAGAGUACUAGAACAGGAUGUGCCCCACCAGCCAUUAAAGUGAAAGCAGUCUCAUGUGACUGCAUAACAGCUCUGCAGUCAAAUUCUAUACACCAGUACGCUGAGUGCAUAAAUCAGAAAUGCAACCCAUGUCAAAAAGUCCAGAUCCUGACUUGCCCAUGGUAUUUAGCAGGGUUCACUGGAAGUUUUUAUUGGGUGGUUUUAUUAUUUUUUUAAAUGUCUAUCCUUAUGACAGCAAGCUUACAAACAUUCAGUGACUAAGUGUUCAUUGUCAACAUGCAUGAGAUUGAGUACACAAAGCCUAUCUACUGGCACCAUUUCAUCUACAGUUUCCUGUUAUCUUAUGGGAAAAAAAAAUAAUUGUAUCUUGGCUUAAAGCAGUGAAGUCAUCUGAUUCUAGUUGUUGUUGUUGUUUCUUUUAAUACGUUUUCUUUUAAGCAUAAACAGAGUUGAGAAAUAGGGUGUUUGGUAGUAGCUAUUUUCCACAGUACGGAAGGAGAAAUACUGCCUUCCACAUCAGGGGAGAAUGACCAUUGUGCUGUGACAGCCUCCUUAGUGCUUUCACACCAGGCUCCUGAGAGCUCAUUAAGAUUGAAUUCUCCAUUUUCACUAAAAGUUCAUAUUUACAGCAUGGUUUUAAGGGGGAAAAAAAACCAAAAGUGAUAUAUUUGGAUGAAAACGCAUUUGGAAUGCUGCAUAUGCAGUAUUUCUUUAUUCACCAAAUAAAUGAUGUUAAGCAUAAAUACUGUUGUUUGCAAAAAAUUAAGCUUUGAAAUGACUGAGCUCCCAGCUUUGCAGAAGGCAGUCUCUAGAAAGUUGUUUGCUCCUCUGAUGUCCCUGUAAUCCCUAAGGUCCUGUGUUUCCCCCUUAGAUUUGCUCUCCUCAGUCUGCCAUUCUGUGCAGGGGGACACGUCCACCUCACAGGGCAGCCUCCCAAAGGAGUUUCAGGGAAAUCAUGAGAAAAGCAGCCCGUGAGAUGCUUAGAUUUAGUGAGAUUACCUGCCCAGCCGCCAGCCACCAGGGAGGUUGCCUUACUGCAGCAAAGCCCAUCCCGUAGGUGUACCCUCAGUGCACACACAGUGAUCUACUGGACAGUUCCAAGGCCAUGGCCAUGGCCAUCACCUUGUGCUGGGCUGCCCCCACCCACCCAAUCAAGCUCCUGGUUAGUGGUAGCAGUGCCACGCUGCUUGCUCAGCAUUGCAAUUUCCUUCCAUCUCUCUGUUAGAGGAAGUGAAACCACUGAGACAUAUUUUUGCGUUCUGAGGUGCCAAAGUAAAAUGAAGUGCUUCGGGCAGAGGAGAAGGGUGGCUGAGAAGAGUGGCUGUUAUGGAGAGCGGGAGGAAAGCGUGUCUGCUCCGUGAUCAUUUCUGACAGUGCUGCAAAGGGUGUGAUAAAGCAUGUGCUACAUUCAGCAGAGUAAAUAAGAGUUGUUUAUCCUUGGAUACUGCCGUCCGCAUUGACAAUUGCAGUUCCAUUUGCAGAACAAUGGCCACGGAUGUCUUCAAUUCAAAAAGCUUGGCCAUUCAGGCCCAGAAAAAGAUCCUUGGGAAAAUGGUAUCCAAGUCAAUAGCAACUACUUUGAUAGAUGAUACCAGCAGUGAUGUUUUAGAUGAGCUCUACAGAGUGACAAAGGAAUACACGCAAAAUAAAAAAGAAGCAGAGAAGAUCAUUAAAAAUCUCAUUAAAAUAGUCCUCAAAUUGGCAAUUCUCUACAGGAACAAUCAAUUUAAUCAAGAUGAAAUUGCACUGAUGGAGAAAUUCAAGAAGAAAGUUCAUCAGCUGGCGAAGACGGUGGUCAGUUUCCAUCAGGUGGAUUAUACCUUUGACAGGAAUUUUUUGUCCAAACUGUUGAAUGACUGUAGAGAGUUGCUUCAUCAGAUCAUUCAGCGUCACCUAACUGCAAAAUCGCAUGGACGUGUCAACAAUGUGUUUGAUCACUUCUCUGAUUGUGAAUUUUUGGCUGCCUUGUAUAAUCCCUUUGGACCUUAUAAACUUCAUUUGCAGAAACUCUGUGAUGGUGUCAACAGAAUGCUAGAUGAGGGGAACAUAUAAGCACCUGUGCUAAAGUUGACUGCCCGUGUGUUAUUUGUAGAUGGAACACUGUUGAUUUAUGAAGGAAUAAGGGAGCAUGAAAAUGGGGAUUUUUUUUAUAUUGUGACAAAUAUUUCAAAAUAAUCUUUAUUAAACUGAUUACUUCUUAUGAGCUAUCUAUUGCUAUUUGCAGUCCAUCUGGAAGAAAAAUGGCACAUUACCUUCUUUUACCAUGCUUUGUUUGUGGGAACAGCUGGAUAAAGAGAAUAGAAUAGAAAGGUCCAAAUAGACUACAAGUCUUGCAAGAUAGAUACAGAAAACAAACUAGCUUGCUGUCAGACAAUCCAGAUAUUUACACAAAUAUUUAUAAACCAUCAGAGUCCAGUAAUGUUGGUAACAUAGUGUUGUGGUACACUCUAUAAUUUCUUCAACUUAUUUGUAACAUUUAUAUCUGAUUCAUUUAUAUUCUUUAAUGCAAUCUGCACAGAUCACGGCUUCCUAGUUUGCUCUUGCAAAACAUUAAGUUUUGCAUAACACCAGUGAUGCUGUCACAGCAUCUGAGCUGGUUGGUGUAUCUGCAGCUCAGUAAUGUCUGAAAGGCUAUCAGGUGAUCAUUGCAGAUGUACGCAGAUGCUUUGUUUCCUUUGUUUCAGGAACAAUAAGCUACAGUGAAGUAGCCUGAGUGGGGGAAAAGUACGCCCUAGACAAAACCUGCAGUACAGGCAUGUGAAACUGUAAGGUAAAACACAGUGAUUUACUUUUGCAAUUCCUUAAGAUUGUUAGAAUCCUGCUAAUAUGGAAUAAUUCUUUCAGCAAAGGUGCAGUUCAGCUUAUUUUAUGCAUUGGGCUUAUAUACAUUCAGAAAGCUUAAUGAUCUGAAAAAUAAAUUCCAUGCCAGUUUGCUUUGUUACAGUGUAUCUAGAAACAAAUCAUUUUGGGGUUGGAUGCUCUUGAACUACUGGAGAAGUGACAUCUUGAAUCAAUUUCUAUUCUCACCUUCUCUCCUACUUUUCAUUCUUCCUCUUCCUCCCUCAUCUUCUCCCUGCCUGGCCCUUGGGGUAAAUAAAUGUGACUUUCUAGACACUGUAAUGUACUUAAAAGUAUGAAGCUAAUACAUUUCAAACACCUGAAGACUUUUGUUAGGAAGCAUAUAUUUGCAGUUUUUUUUUAAUUUGCAGAAUUUGCAGUUUAUUUAAUUGCCAGUUUUUUGCUGUUUGCUGUGUCUUUUGUUUUAAUAAGUAAACCAAAGAAUAUUUGCACUCUGAACUUUCCAUGUUUUUUUUUCACCCUGUUGCAAUUUGAAUUACAAAGAAAGUACUUGGAGUGUGCAGGCAACCAGAACAUUAUAGUUUCUGACAUAUUGCUUCCGCAUCACUUGUCAAUUUUUAGAGUGCAGAGUUCACUUUAAAUCAUAUUCACUCAGUCACUAGGCUCUGAAUAUCCCCAGAAAGGCAGUAGGGAUUUGCCAGAGAAAUGUGUGUUCAAAACACAAACUCGUUCUGUACAAGUCAUUAGAAUACAAGAGGGAGAGUUGAUUAAUAUACUGUAAUGCUGGAAUAACAUGGAAAUGAUGUAAGUGCCUCAAAAUUAGAGAAGAGUUAGAUUAUUUGUUUGACAUCUGAAUGAGUGUGAGUUAAGGUCUGUCCCUCCUGUUUUACUGAAGUAGUAAACACAUUUCAUAUUAGCCUACCAGAACUCAUUUGUAGGGCUACAACAUCAUAAGGAAAAUAUAGUACUGGAUUUCCAAAGACUGGCUUUCAAAUAGCAUGGCAUAGCACUUAUGCUGAUCUGUUUUGCAGUCCUUUUAUUUUUCCUGCAGCAUAAAUAAACAAUGAUUUUAAGUAUCAAAACUCACAGAUAAAUUGAUAGCAGUUUUCCUAGUCCCACUUGAUGUCCUUGCAUCAACCCUCUAGCACAGAUUUGCUACAUUCUAUGUCUGGCUGCGCUUAAAAAUGAAAGGGUUCCAGUAGUGCUGUUUGAUUAUAGACAGAAUAAUGUCAUUAUUGUGUGUAAAAAAAAAAAAAAAAAAAAAA